AUGACCGCUUGUCCCAAUCUCAGAUGUCUUGAAUUCAACAGCCCUUUUUGGUACGGUAGCUAUGGCGACGAUUUGGAUAUUUACCCCUCCGCAAAAUUGAGAGCGCUCAAAUUGGACAACUAUUCCACUCGUCCCUUGUUACGGCAUGAAUUGAUUUGGGUGCUUUCUCGAUUGGGGAAUGGAUUACGCGUUCUUAACGUUCCUGUGUGUGAUCGUGAUCUCGAUGUGGUGGAGCUAUGCUGUCCUCAUUUACAUACAUUGACAUGCGGUGCCUAUCUGAUUGUUCCAGCACAUGAUACCACAGAGGAAUCGUUAUCAUUAGACGACAUUGAAGCUGACAACAACAACAACAACAAUGGAUUGAGACAUUUGACAAUGGCACCACAAGAUUUACGACUAUUCCUUGGCUUGAUGAGGAAGCACAGCGAUACCCUGGAAACGAUGCAAUUAUGGUUGAAUACGCCAUUGUAUGGUGGUGACAUCUUUUCUGAAAGCGGACGUAUCAUACGGCACCUGCAAUUGAAUCGGUUGAAUUCGCUCUCGAUCGUCACAGUACCAGGAUUCAGGAUGGAUCGUUUCUUAGAAAUGAUGCGAGGCAUGUGCCGACCAUCACUUCACAAACUCUAUUUACAAGGCGAUCGCAGCAUCCCCAGCCCAUCUUUACCCGACAUGCCGCAUCUCAAGUGCUUACGCCUAUGUCAACUUGAUGAGACAAUCGAACAUCACAUGACAUCCUAUUUCACACGACUAGCAGCAAUGGGUGAUGCAUGCCCAAUGACCACUAUUGAGAUUUAUGAUGUCGCGUUUACGGAUCAGACAUUUUCAUUGCUUGCAAAGAUACAAACUUUAAAGUGCAUCAAGAUCGUCUCCGGUCCCAGGGAUUCAUGGUCUGAAAAUGGCAUCAUUGAUUUCUUCAUCAACACACAAAGCUCAAUACAAACUGUGGGUCUUUUCCUUCCUCAAAUCAAUGACAAGAUAUUGGACGCAGUGGGUGACUUGCCCUUUGUAAAGAGAUUACUGCUGGUACAAAAGCUUCCCUUGGAGAGGAUAACUCGAUUCAAAAACACAUACCCUGCCAUUCAAGUAAUUAAAUUAGACAAAAGAGAAUAUCAUCUUUGUUGUUGUACUAUAUAG